UUGGCCGGGCCUGGCGCACCGCAUCUUUCCAGACAGAACGAGCGCAAGGAAAAACACCCCACCCACUUCCCCCUCCAUUCUUCUCGGCGGAGGCGGAGGCGAAGGAGGAACCCUAGCCGCGCGAGGAAGAAGGAGCGCCCAGAUCCCCAAGGCCGGAGACGAUGUCGGCGGUUCGAUGCGCGGCGAGGAGGCUCGGUGGCUCCCUGCUCCAGCGAGCGCAGGCGGAGGAGCGACGCCGGCUCGUGCCAAGCAGGCUCAUGCGCUCCCGCCACCUUACCACCGAGCAAGCGCAAGAGAUCCAGCGGAAGGAGGCGCUGUAUGACGCGCUUUCUUAUGCGGAGCUUAAGCUGAAGGAGUUCAAUGAUGCCUUAGUUAAGGCGGGGGAUCCUACUGGCGAGAAGCAUCUUUCUGCUCUUUCUGCGCCACGGACCGGCUAUGAGCGCCUUAAGAUGUAUGGAUUAAGAGCUCUGGGUGUGAUAGAGUUAACUUCCAAGACGGCCGUCUUCGUGGUGUUUGCUCUUUCCUUCGUUACUCUCAGCAGCAUGAAGACCGAAGAGUUGACCUCAGGGGAAACCAUCACUGAAGUGAAGGCCGCAAAUUGACAAGCCCAACAUGGAUCGCGCCCCAGCUUGUUCUUCAGUCUCUAAUCAUCACCUGCAGUUUGGCUACCUAGCACUAUGCUAUCUUUCUGAUGGUGCGUGACGUCGCAUGCUACUAUAUCUCUAUAUAUCUGUUUGUUCGGACCAGACCGCACCGGUGAUGUGAACAUAUAUGCAUGCAUUGUUGCUGGCGUUACUGCCUUAUUUUAGUAGAGGAUCACAUUCCAGUCAUCUUAGAAGGUUGAGUAUCUCUAAGCAAAAUGUAUGGCGCCCUUUUGCGAUCCAUUCACUUUGUGACCCCCCCUGUUUGUUUUCCCGUAAGUUCCCGUACUGGGCACCCCCAGGCCUCGGAAGGGAUGAUCUGGGGUUUGGUUUGCAAUCAGGAUUUUGUGAUUUAUGGAAGAUUGUAAGACUUGGGAGAUUGGGGAUUUGGUUUUCAAUCAGGAUUUUGUGAUUUAUGGAAGAUUGUAAGACUCGGAGAUUUGGGAUUUGGUUCGCAAUCAGGAUUAUGUGAUUUAUAUGGAAGAUUGUAAGACUGGGAGAUUGGGGGUUUGUUUUUCAGCCAGGUUUUUUGUGAUUUAUGGAAGAUUGCAAGACUUGGGGGGUUGGGGAUUUGGUCUUUCAACCAGGUUUUCUUGAUCUAUAUGGAAGAUUGUAAGACUCUGGAGAUUGGGGGUUUGU